GCAGGCGUAGAAGCCCCCGCGCCUACCGAAUCUCCGCAUCGGCAGUCGUCGUUGUACUCAGCUUCGCUCAUUCAGCACCGCGCUCGACGACUACCAGGAGUGCCGGAGCCUGUCGCACCUGGGCAUCCUGAUGCCGAUCUACCUGAUUCCACUGCUUUUCCUGGGAACCAAGAUUGGCGGCAGCCUCUACUGCCUGUUUCUUCCGCUGCUGCUGUGGGCCUUCAACUCGCUCCCCAAGCCUGGUGCGGCGCUGGUUCAUCUGGUCACCGUGCCACUGAUGGGACUCAUGGAAGCGGAGCAGGUUGCCCACCAAUACCUGACCGUCGACAUCCUCAUCCUGGCUCUGGUGUUUUUCCUGGUAGUGAUUGUCGAUCGCUGGAGCGAGCUGGCGCUGUGCCUGGCGCACGGCACCUGCGAGCGAUUCGGACUGCGCCGCAGCACGCUGUUCGUGGUCGCCUGCCUGUGCAGCUUCGUGUGCGCGUCGCUGUUUUCCGGCACAGUGGUGUCGACCACGCUGCUCUACCUCUUGGACCGUGUGCUGUCCGCCAUCUUCAAGCAGAACAUGGACCGGCCCCCAGAGCUGUUCCGCGGCGGCUCGCAGCUGGGCUCGCAGCAGGAUUCGAGCUCCAUGCGCUCCGUGAUCGCUUCGGACCAGGUGCUCUUCGACCGGCUCACGCAGGUCGUGCUCACCAUGAAGAAGCCAGAGAACAAGAAAGGUCGCUUCUCCAGGAAACAGAAGAAGGCCGGAGGCAAUGGCGAGAAGACGGGGACCGCAGUGACCGCGGCUUCUGGGCCAGAGACCGGACAAGGGAGCAGCGCCGCACCAGGGACGGAAGACGCGCCCCAGGUCCAGGAAAAACCUGCGGCGAGGCGCCGUUUCAGCCUGUGGCGUCCAGAUAUGGUCCAGAAAGUCGAGCGCAGUCUCGCAGGUAUUAACUACCCUUAA